AUGGCUUCAUGGUUCAAAUCUUCGGCGAAGGCUGGCAAACCUGCUAUGACAGCUGAAGAAGAAGAUAAUCAUUUGCGAGAUGUUGAACGCGCCCUUCUACACUUGUUGAACGACGAUAUUGCAGCAGCGGACAAUAUAUUGAAACAGCAAGAAUCUGCAUACCAUUACCUAGGCCGCGGGAUAUCAAGUUUCAUUAGUUCCAUGCUGGGCGUUGAGAAAGAACUGUUGAGAGAAGCGGCAAACCAGUUGCAAGCUGCUGAAAACAAGACCUGGGAGGGUAUGAAAAAGGCCCAGAAAGAGCCUUCUGCUUAUCGGUCCCAUAUUUACCCCCCUGGAACCGAAUAUCUGUUAUGCUAUGCUGUUUCCCAGCUGACUAGUGCUAUAUGUGCGGUGCUCAGUGGCUCGGUUACAGAAGCUAUUAAGGGAUUUUAUAAGCUGAGAAAGGCUUUUUUAACCCUGGAUAGCAUCAUGCAGAUUGAGGGAAAGUAUCUAAGGGAAAGAGCGGGUUCAGGCAACUCUCUUGGUGCUCGCCUUGACCACUCUUCCACCGCGUCCUUAGCUUCAGGAGGGCCAUCGGCCGCGCUUGUCACGUCCGAUGAAAAAGCAGCUGAGGAUGUUGCAGAAAAAUUGCAUGGCGAGCUAGAUCCACCUGAUGUUAAGGUAGAUGCUUCUGAUACCACGCCGCUGGCCGCGUCAAAGUUACACUCCAGGCUAUUGGAAAUAGACCCCGCCUCAGUGGGCAUCACAUCUCACACAGACAUCUUCAUCCAUUCCGGCACAAGGCUCUGUUACGGAGUGUUAUUGGUCAUCUUUUCCAUGAUUGAGAAUCCCCUCUUCACAAAGAUUCUGUAUAUCGUGGGCUUUAAAGGGGAUCGAGAGCGAGGAACUCGAUAUUUAUGGCAGGCAGCUCGGUUUGACAACUUUAACAGUGCCAUUGCAGGAAUUGCUCUCUUGGGAUAUUACAAUGGUCUUGUUGGUUUUUGUGAUAUUCUCCCCACGGAUGCAGGCGCAGAUGAAGAUCUCUCGGGCUACCCUAGAGCCAAGUGCCGCGCUCUUCUCACCGAUAUGCGAGAACGAUAUCCCGAAUCCAAGCUCUGGAAGAUGGAAGAAGCACGCUUUCACGGCUACAACCGGAACCUCCGUGAAGCGGUCAAUAUUCUAAGUGACAACUCAACCAGCCAAAUGAAGCAAAUUGCCGCCAUCAACGUAUUCGAGAUGUCACUGACUAGCUUGUUCUUACAUGACUACGAACUCUCCGCACAGUGCUGGAAACGAUGCGCAAAGCUCUCCCACUGGUCUCCUACCAUGUACGCCUACCUAACAGGCGCCUGUUUCCUGGAAAUAUACCGCAAUAAUCGCCUCAGCGACCCGGCCACGGCAGAAAAGUAUAAAAUGGAGGCUACAGAGUAUAUCCGCAAAGCCCCACCACUAGCUGGAAGACAAAAAGUCAUGUCUAAAGAACUCCCCUUUGAUCAGUUUAUCUGUCGCAAGGUCUCAAAAUGGGAGGAGAGAGCGAAGGCCUGGAAUGUGGAUCUCGUAGAUGCCACCGGUAUCUCCCCCGUGACGGAAAUGAUAUACCUGUGGAACGGUGCACGGAAACAGAAUGAAGUCGAAUUAGACACGAGCUUAGAGGCUAUAAAGUGGGAAAAGUUAAGUCAUCCGGAGAAACUAAGGGGUGACCUAGAUGAAACGGCGCUUCAGGCGUUACUAAAGGCUUGUGCAUUGAGGAAUUUGAAGAAGUAUGACGAGGCUAGAGUGAUUUUGACAGAGGAGAUUUUGAAUCAUGAUAGAAACGAAUUCAAAGGCUACCUUAAAGAUGAUUGGACAUGUCCAAACGCACACUACGAGAUGGCAUGUCUCUUCUGGGCAGAAAAGGAUCUCGAGGGCGCUGAUCACAAGCUUAACGUCAUCGAGUGCGAAAAGUGGCUUGAGAAGACGAAGUGGGACCCGUACGUCCUAGAUGGGAGGCUGUCGAUGAAAGUCACAACUUCCGUAGUCACGGUAAAGAGACAUAAGGAUAUUAUGGGUUAUGAUUAA